AGGGGCGGAGUUGCGGCGUCGCCCUUAGCCAAACCUCGCGGCGGCCGCGCCUCGGGGGCGGGGGAGCUGGCGACCGAGCCGCAGGGGUCUUUGGGCCCUGCUGAAUCGCGGGCAGCUGGACCCAGCAGUCAGCGGAGGAACAUGGCGCCCUGGACACUCUGGCGCUGCUGCCAACGCGUGGUGGGCUGGGUUCCGGUGCUCUUCAUCACCUUCGUGGUCGUCUGGUCCUACUACGCGUACGUGGUGGAGCUGUGCGUGAGUACUGUUUCCAAAACAGGAGAAAAAGGGAAGACCGUUGUUUACCUUGUGGCUUUCCAUCUGUUCUUUGUCAUGUUUGUAUGGUCCUAUUGGAUGACAAUAUUCACAUCUCCCGCUAGCCCCUCCAAAGAGUUCUAUCUGUCAAACUCUGAGAAGGAACGUUAUGAGAAGGAGUUCAGCCAAGAAAGACAGCAAGACAUUCUGAGAAGGGCUGCAAGAGACCUGCCUGUCUAUACCACGUCAGCUUCAAAAGCUAUCCGAUAUUGUGAAAAAUGUCAGUUGAUUAAACCUGACCGAGCCCAUCACUGCUCAGCAUGUGAUAGAUGUGUUCUUAAAAUGGAUCAUCACUGUCCGUGGGUGAAUAACUGUGUGGGAUUUACUAAUUACAAAUUCUUCAUGCUGUUUUUGUUGUAUUCCCUACUAUAUUGCCUCUUUGUGGCUGCAACAGUUUUAGAGUAUUUUAUAAAAUUUUGGACGAAUGAGCCAACGGUUCAUUUCCCCAGUGCAAAGUUCCACGUGUUGUUCCUUUUCUUUGUGUCUGCAAUGUUCUUCGUCAGUGUGCUCUCGCUGUUUAGCUACCAUUGCUGGCUGGUUGGAAAAAAUAGAACAACAAUAGAAUCAUUUCGUGCACCUAUGUUUUCUUAUGGAAUAGAUGGAAAUGGUUUCUCUCUUGGAUGCAGUAAAAAUUGGAGACAAGUCUUUGGUGAUGAAAAGAAAUAUUGGCUAAUUCCAAUAUUUUCAAGUUUGGGUGAUGGUUGCAGUUUUCCAGCUCGCCUUGUGGGGAUGGAUCCAGAACAAGCUUCUGUUGCAAACCAGGGUGAAUUUGUCAGAAGUAUUGGCUCAAAUCAACCUUUUCCUAUCAAACCACUUAGUGAAUCAAAAAACCGUUUGUUGGACAGUGAAUCUCAGUGGCUAGAGAAUGCAGCUGAAGAAGGAGUCACCAAAUCAGGGACAAAUAACCACGUUACAGUGGAAAUAGAAAAUUGAGUACUACUUGUUCAUAACUAACCAUUUGAGUGCAAGGUAUAUAAAAACACAUUUUGGACUAUUUUCAAUUUUAUUUGCAAGAAAAUGAUCAAUGGAAUGAAAUAAUUGAAGUAUAACAGAAGAUUUAUUUUUUAAAAGGAAGUGUUUGUACAGUUUGAUGGAUCCACAGAAGCACUACAGAGCAGAGAGAUGCCUUAAUGUUUAGUAUCCAUUUGUGUGACAUUGCCUCACAGCUCAAAAGUGACUUAAUGUUUAGUAUCCAUUUGUGUAACAUUGCCUCACAGCGCAAAAGUGACUUAAUUUUCUUUUGGAAAUAACACCUGUUUUACAAUGCUAUCGUCACACAUGUUAACAUGCCGUAUGUAUUUUUUAGUAUCUGAGUUACAACAUUUGAGUUAUUUCUUAGUAUCCACAUAAAUUUUCACCCCAAAAACACAAACUAAAAAGUUAUUUGUGGUGAAGUAUACCUAGGGAAAAUGGUGACUAAAAAUGAUAACCAAAUCACUGAUUCUUGUGCUGUAUAAGGGAAGGAAAUACUUCUUUUUUUUAUUAGAUGUUUACUAAUUUAUAAUUACUGUUUUAUACUUUUCAACAUUUUAAUAAAGAUUUUUUAAUUAUUGGCUAUAAAAUAACACUCAGAAGGAUUCAGAUACCUAAAUAUAAUCAUUUAGAACAUUGAAGAUAUUAAUAUAAUUCAGUGAAGGUUUAGUUAGAAGUAUUAAUACUUCUAAUUUGUACUUUUAAAAGCCAAGUGGCACAUGUCUAUAAUCCCAGCACUCAGAAGGCUGAGGUAAGAUUGCUGUGAAUUUGAGUCUAGCAUUGGUUACAUAGGGACUGUAUCCAAAACACAGAAUAAUACAACCACAUGGUAUAGUGUAAGCCCAAAGCCCAAAGGAAACAUGGUAGGAAAAAAAAUAGUUUGGUAUUCUCUACUUUUUAAUUACUAUUUGUUGAGUUCUCGGGGAGUUUUUUAUGGGCAGGAAAGCAUAUCAUAUGCUAUCCAAAGACCUAACACAUGCAUGAAUAGGUAGGAGUGGCUAAGAAGAAUGAUAGAAGGAAUAGUAUAAACAACUAAACAGAUUUUCAUCCCUAAAAGGAUAUAGACCACAGCAUGCUAUUAAAUAGGCUUUCAGUUUUGGCAAUGUCUAAAAAUUACUGUGGUACUUUACAGUAAUCCAGUAACAGAGCAAAUAGUGACUUAAAAUGCAGCUCAGAUGAGGAUGAAAUAAAUAAAACAACAACAAUUCCCAGUCUUGGCCUGGAGAAAUGUUUCAGUAGAUAAAGGCCCUUACCCUCAGACCUUCAGCCUGACACAAUCUGUCACAUUCUGGAAGAAGAUAACUCCCACAUGUUGUCCUCUGGCAUUUACAUGUGCACUAUGGUGCACAUAAACUCUCUUUUUAAAAGUAUGUUUUAGCAUCUAGUGGCUUUAACAGAAAUGGCUGUGUUUAGGAGAGUAGUCCACUGGUCUAUAAAAAGGCAAUGUAGAGAUGCUGUUUCUGGUUUAUACUGUUUAUCAAAGAAAUAAGGCCAAAACAAUUGCUUGCAGUGGACCAGCAGAGAGAAGUCUCUGAUGUGCUGCUAUCUGGGAUGUGGCUAUGCAGUGUCUUCAUGUGCACUAUAGGACUGUGGAGGAGAGGGCAUCCUGCAUGAGUUGGACUAUAGGACUCCCAACAUUACCCAGUGUUGAAGUUUGCAAAUAACCUUGCUUUUUAUUUACCCACCAAGUAGCUCUCAAGGUCUCUGAAUAUCAAACAUUAUACUAAAGAUAGUGCUGUGAUUUCCCAAUCCCGCAUAAAUCAAGAUAGCUGUUCUAACUUUGCAAUUUGGGAAGUUUAUUAAAUUCCCACUGACUGCACUAAUUCUGAAUCUUACGUAACUUUCCCUUUGGACCAAAGGAGUGUGUUAUCUUUGGCCCCAUGCUUUAAAGCUGUAUGUAGUAUGAUUUCCUCUUCAUCUCAGCCCUUUAUUGUUAAAACUUUCAUUCUAAAAACACAAUGAAUUAAGAGAUACCAGUUACUGCUAGGCAUGCUGGUGCAUGCUGGCCAUCUCAGCACUUGGGAGUCUGAAUCAAGUUGGUCUAGUUCAUUCUUGGCAUCCAGAGUAGCCUGUGCUGCAUGAACCUGUGCCAAAAAACCAAGAGAGGAAAAAAAAGAUCAAUUACUAACCAGAAAUACAACCUUAAUUUGGUAGUUUGCAUGCUACUUUCAGAAAUGUUCUAGUAUUUCAGUGUUUCUAUAUUUAGAUCAAGGGAUUUGCAUGCACCUGGCAUAAUUUGCCCCUUUAACAUACAAUUAUGUAGAAGUAUCAGAUUUCUGAGUUCUUAUCAUUUGUUUAUUAGCAUAGUAAAACCAUUUCUAGUUUUCUACUUUGGUAGCCUUUAUAGCCAGCUUUUUGCCACAUUCUAAAACAUUUAGCUGCCUUUUGUUGUUUUACUUUUGUUUCAGUUUAGUGCUAGGGAAUCAACCCUAGGGCCUUCUGCAUGCUAGGCAAGUCCUCUACCACUGAGCUACAUUCCUGGCCCAGGCUGAAGCUGUUCAUACGUGUCAGUGAACCAUUCAUUAGGGGCCAGCAAGUGGUAUGGGAAUCAGGGAAAGGCUAGCUUUUUAGUAUUUGAACUGGCAUUGUGUCUGCUAUCAGCUGGGGGGGACGUUGAAAUGAAGCUUUGCCAAAAUUUCAAACACUUGAACAUUUGUGAAGAAAAUGGAGUUGAAUUUCAGGUCUUGCCCUUGCCAUUAAAACCAUCAGACAGGAGACUUGGUUUACCUGGGUACAGAGGUACUUGACUGUUGAGUACCUGCGGCACCUGACCACAGUCACUGUGCCAACCAAAGCAGCUGCAGUGUACCAGCUAUUGACAUGAACAUGUUUACAAAGUUUGAGUUUUGUCUUCAUACAAGAAUGAUUUUUAAAAAACUUUUUACAUAGUAGUUAUGAUUCAGUGUGUUAAAAGCAUAACAAGUUAGCUUAAAUAUAUGGUCUUUACUUGAAUUUUAAUUCUUACAGAAAGCAAAUUUUGACUGUUUACAGGAAUGCUUGAAAUGAGUCAUGAGAUUUCCAGUUAUCUCUGAAGCAAAACUAUGUUACAGGCUUAGUGUUAGAGCCUGCAUAUUUGGGGCAUUGAAUAGGCAGUAACUCGAAACUACGCCUCGCUUACAUCUUUAUUCUAUAAAGUAGUACUUCUAACGUGGAUAAGUAUUUUUAACUGAUAUUAAGAAACCAUAUUUUUGCAUUUCAGUCAAACUGAUAAGAACAAGUGUAAAAGUACAAAAGAUGUAAUCUGAAAUUCAUGUUUCAUAUGAUCUAAGCUGUAUUUUUAAAUUCAAAUUUAAAAUACAAUAUUCAGAAAGGUCCAUAUUUUUCUAAUGACUUCAUGCUAUAUUAUUUUCUCGAGUUACGUAAAGCAAGGAAUUGUAUUUGUAUUAAGGAGCUAAGAAAGCUGUUAGUUUAUUAUAUUUGUACAUGAUUACAGACAAGCCUAUGCCCAUUUAAAAGAAAAGAUGGAUACUAUUUAAGGUGAUAUUUAAUAUGCUUUUCUAUAAAGAAGUUUGAAAUAUACUUUACCAUAGUUGUCUUAUCAAUAGCAUAGCCUUCUAUUUAUUUCUCAUUAUGUGAACUUGGACCAUGACCAAUGCCUCUUGCUCUGUAUUCUGGAUGGCCUAACCUUCAUUACUGUGUAUGCAUUUUACAUUUUUUUCAGAAACCAUAAUUACUUUAUUAAUAAACAAAUAAAGAUAUUGUCUUGUUUCUUAA